GGCGUAACUUGAAAGGCUUCGUAACAGUUAAUUGCAUGAAUAACUACUAGGUAGCGCAUGACUUUUAAUUGUGCUUUAAUGAAAGAUGAAAUUAUAUACCGUCAUUCUCUGGUAAGUUACAGUCUUCUGGUAACAAUUUAAGUACGUCGGAUCGUUCCCUGUUGACGAGCAGGACAAUGUAUGCAGAGCUCAAAAAGUCCAAAAGGAACUUGAAUCAUUAAGAGUAUGUUUUUUAUAAAAACCAGUAGAUUGAAACACUAGUGCUUUACACGUAGCAAGUCUGUGAUCGUGUGUGUUUCCAUUAGUGGCAUAAAAAUAUGUUCAGACGAUUUGAAAAUUGUUUAUAUGGCCCAUGCUCUUCGCAGAAUAUCGUACGCUACUUGUGAUGCCGUCCACAAACAAGUCGCAUUUUUGGCGAGAGAACCAUCAGGGUUUGGUAAUCUACAAUAUUGCCAUGUGUUUGUGACGGAAUCGCCGUGUGAUGCGGAAGAAUUAAAUCGGCUGAUUGGAAACGCCUUCAAAUUUGCCUAUGUUCGACAGCGCCUUAUUAAGCUUCAUCAAGCUGGAAAACAUGAUUUUUCCACUCCAGUAAAUAUACCUCAACUUAGCGAUUGUCAUCCUGUUUGGCUUCCUCAAACUGAACAAAAUCCCAACAGUCUUUCUUUGUUAAGCACUCUUAAACUCCCCCCACCUCCAGAGUUCCCUCCCCCCGUUUCAAUCGAAAAUGGAACUACAGCCGAACGGCAAACUAAUCUGUCAUCUCCUGGCAUCCAUUACACCAAUACAGAUGUUACUUCAACAUGUGAUGAUCCUGUCGCUAGUACUAGCACUAUUAUGUCUACUUUCUGCCAUGAUUCACUCGAAUCAUCUACUGUAAAUAUGUACAAAAAAGGCAUUAUUAAGCAUGAAUCUUUACCUGUGACAGUAGAAAAUCCAACAACUUCAUCCUCUUCGUCAGAUAACGAUCCUAACCAACUUUCUGUUCAUUCAGAUUCUGUACUAGUCAGAGAUAAAGGACUAAACAAUAACAGUCAGUCUAAUAAAGAUGCUAGUGAACUGGAGAAAAAACUUCACCGCAUUUCGACUCCACAAGCCAUAGAUUUGGCAUUCUUACGUCGUCAUUUUCUUCGACGAAGUGAGGGCAAAGGAUCUGAAAACCCCAAAAAUGUCUGUGGUGGUAGUGCCAGGCAACCCCGCUUACGCCAAGGUUCAACUCUCUCAAAUCUCCUGUCGUCUGCACGGCACAGCUCAUUUUUCCCAAGCUCUUCUAGUUGUGUUAUUGACAGUACAAAUAUCCUCCCCAAAACUUUACAGUCACAAGAAACUCCGGAUGUGUCUGAUAUAUUGAACACUCCUAACCCCACUCGCAGACCACCUAUAUUUGUGGAUCUCCGUACUUUUGCCGGAGGAAGUCCAGUUGUUGCACUAAAAGAACGUUUGGAUGCUCAAGCUAUUGCAGAUGCUAAGGCAUCUGCUUUUGCCGAGGCUGCAGCUGUCCUUGCAGCUGCAAAACAGGUGUCAUCCAGGUCCUUAGCUCCUUUGCAACCAGCCACGAACAAUACCUCAAAAAAUGUAGAACGGCUGACUAAACCAACAAUGUGUCCUAUUACCAGUCGUACUCCUAACUCGCCAUCCAGUGGAAAUUCAUCAUCGGUAGAAACUUUCGAUUUAUCUCCACCUAUACCACCAGUCAGAAUGCAUUCACUCAGAAGAAGUCAUGAACAGUAUAACUCAAAGAAUUUCUCACCUCAUUUAUCAACUUCCAGUCCUGUACCUGAAGACUUAUUUAAUGAAUUAGAUAAAGACGAAGAUCGUGAAAUUGUAGAGUCAAUCGAAGCUGUUAUGAAAGCAGCAUCAUAUGAUUCAAAUAGUCCAAAAGAAACAAAACCAAAGCAUCAAAAUACAGAAUGCAAUCCUUCCAACAUUACUUCAUAUCGUAACACUACUUUAUUGGUUGAUGUCCCUGAUGUACCUUGUCAUUCAAAGGAUUUCAAGCAGCAAUAUAUAGAUGGUUCAAGGAUUUCCCAACCUAGUGUUUACAAGCAAACUCAAAAUAGUACUAGAUCAUCAGAAUUUCAUGGAAAUAUACACGUCUCUUCUGGAAACUCUCAUCUUCUUGGUAAUAUGGGCUCUCAACCUCAACCACAGUAUCCUUUUGAACAACUUAUUGAACUCAAUCGAAAUGAUACCCAACAAGAAAAACCUCAUUCAUAUACACCUGAUAUGAAUUUUGUUAGUUCUUCUUUACAUGAUCCACUCCAAGUUUUGGCCGAUACAACAUUUCAAGAUACACAUAGAAAGCAAAUAUUUCCUUCAACCGUAUCUAGCAAUGUUCGUGUUAUGCCUACACCAGGAUCGAUAAUGUCGACGUCAUCACUUUCAACAGAGACUCCAACACCAACUGCCACUCCCACACCAACUCCUGAACAAACCUCUCAGUUUCAGGGAUGUAAUAAAAAUGCUGGUGACAGCGAUAAUUCUUUAAAUCAAGCGCCUUGGUUUCAAGCUAUGCUACCCAGAGAAAUAGCAUUUGAAUUGCUCGCUAAAGAAGAGGUUGGCAGCUUUUUAGUUCGCAACAGCGCUACUCAUCCUGGUUGUUGUGCUUUAUCUGUUCGAGUGCCAAAUAAGGAUAAUCCUAUAGGAAUAACCCAUUACUUAAUACAAAAAACGAAUCGAGGCGUUCGGUUAAAGGGUUUGGACAAGGAGUGGCCAUCCCUACAAGCUCUCGUUACUCAUUUGACUGUCAUUCCAGAGAUGCUUCCAUGUCCUCUCAAGCUUCCACAAUAUACUGCUAAUCCCAUCUUUACACAGUUCGAUCUGCAAUUGACAAAUGGCCCACCAAACGAAAUUCCCAAGCAACAUCGUAACUAUAACAUCAAAUCAUCACAAACAGAAGUGGGUGAAAAUAAUCGUGUCACCAACUCAGACUUACCCAGUCACCAUCCCCAGCGUACACUUCAUUCAGUCGCAGAUCUUCCUUGUAGACCAGUCCUACCAUCAUGUGCUACUAUUUCUCAUUUCAGUCCUGCUAAUCCUUUUGACCAAAACUUAUCAUCCCACAACAUGAUAGCAAAAGAUCCACCUGUACUUGGCAGUUAUCAAGUAUCAAAUUUAUCACAAUGCAAAUCACAAAUGCCUAAUUGGUUAAUGAAUCAAUUAAAUAAUGAUAAUAAUCAUUCGUCAACUAAAAAUUCAGCAGACAGUUCAAAUCAAAUAUCAUUGAAAACAGAUUGUAUUCACUGGAAGCAGAACUCCGUAGAUUUAGCAUGUAUUUCUCAGUCUGAGUACAUAGAUGAACAACGGUUUAUGAAUGAAACUAAUAACAGAAAUAAUCGAAAAUUAAGUUAUACAACAAAUGAUUUAUCAAAAAAUAAUGCUUGUUUAUUGCUAGAUUACGCAGAAGAAGAUGAAGAUUAUCAACGUUUGUCCGAUUUUUCUUCCAUAUUGGCUGAUUUAAAUCUUGUGCAUGAAAGACCUUUGACUAGUUGUUAGUGGGACUUUUCCAAUCAUACUACUUACAUUAUACUAUUUGUUAAUAUUUAUUCUAUAUUAAAUUCAUUUCAGCCACAUCAUUCAUAUUCUAUCAUAGCUACUUUCACAGUUCAUAAUUUGUAUAUUGAAGAAGUAAAAUGGUCUAUUUACGAUAUAACUUUAUUUAUUUAUUUCUCUUUGAAUCACUGAAUUAAAAUGUUUGGUAGUAGUUUUUUAUUAUGUACAAUGGUUCAAACUACCAUCACAAUAAUUCUCAAUAAGCUCACAUGAAAUUGUAUCUGUUUAUACAUGAAUACAAUAUUAAUGUGUUUAUCUCAUAUCUUUCAUUUGUCUUAUUUGCCAUUCCUAAUGGUUGUUGUUAUUACAUGAAUGUCAGGUUAGGUUACUUAAAUUAUUUUGCUACCUCUGUUGGAUAAUAUUCUGUUAUUGGUUUCUUAUUGUUGUUUUCUCUGUGUAAUAUAUAAACUGGGAGACUUAUUUGCCAUUCGUCUUAGUUAGAUCUUUGCCUGCAGAUAGUAUAUACUACCACGAGCAUAAACUUCUAUAAAUAUAUCGUGUUCUAGUUCUUAUCAUUAUUACAAUGCAUAAAAGAGAUUUUCUAAUUUGGCCUUCCUUAUUUGUAUGCAAAUCUUUUGUUUUCGUUUCGUUUUUUUGCUUACUUCUCUGUUGUCACUUCAGAUCAUACAAAAAACUCAUUGAGACAAUGACAGAAUGAGAUUCCUCAAAAAUAUAUAUAAACGU